AUGAAAAUUGAGUUUGCUCCGCGGUCUGUGCCGCUUCAGAGGAGGCUUCAGACAGCAGCAGUGGCUCAAUGGGUCUGCAGCUUCCUGGGUCUAGCACAGUGCUCCACUGCCGUCUUCAUCGCCCUCCUCUUCACUCGUUUUUGGCUGGUCAGUGCCCUCUAUGCUGCAUGGUGGUUCAUAGACAGGGAGAAGCCCAGCAAGGGCGGGCGGCGGAUCCAUGUCUUCCGGAACUGCGCCGUUUGGAGGUACAUGAGGGACUAUUUCCCCGUCACGUUGGUGAAGACAGCAGAGCUGGACCCCCGGCAGAACUACCUGGUGGGGUUUCAUCCCCAUGGAGUCCUGGCAGUUGGAGCCUUCAUCAAUUUCUGCACAGAGGCAUCUGGCUUUUCCACACUCUUCCCAGGCAUCACCCCCCACCUGAUGUUGCUUUCCCUGUGGUUUCGCUUCCCAUUCUUCAGGGACUAUGUGAUGAGUGGAGGCCUCAUCCCCUCUGACAAGGAGAGUGCAUCCUACGUGCUGCAGAAGCCAGGGGGCGGGAACUUGCUGGCCAUCAUUGUUGGUGGGGCACAGGAGGCCCUCGAUGCCCGUCCAGGAUCCUUCACCUUGCUGCUGAAGAACAGGAAGGGAUUUGUGCGCCUGGCCAUCCAGAAUGGCACCCCCCUGAUCCCUGCCUUUUCCUUUGGGGAGAAUGAUGUCUUUGAUCAGGUGAAGAAUCCCCAGGGCUCCUGGCUGCGGAGGAUUCAGCAUUUUCUCCAGCAGAUCAUGGGCAUCUCCCUUCCCCUCUUCCAUGCACGAGGCAUCUUCCAGUACAGCUUCGGGGUGAUACCCUACCGGCGGCCCAUCUGCACCGUGGUUGGGAAGCCAAUUCCAGUGCAGAAGAAGCACAAACCCUCAGAUGAAGAAGUUGAUCAACUCCAUGAAAAAUACCUAAAAGAGUUGUCCGAGCUCUUUGAGAAGCACAAAGCUAAAUAUAAUGUCCCAGAAGACAGCCACCUGGAAUUUAUAUAA